GGACCGGAGUGAGUUAUCUUAUCUUGCACCGCGAGAGGUCGCCACAGGAAAAUGCGGUCCAACACAAAACAGCUGAUAAUGGCAUAUCUGCAUCUUAUCAGUAUCUGUAUUCUCAAAGAAAGCGAACGUGUUUUAUAUUGUUUUAAGAGGAAAAUGUAUACAAUGGCAACUAAUUUUGGUUCAAUGACUAUUCCUGAAUUAAGAAAGGAACUCGAAAAAUUUGGUGCAAAAAAAUCAGGACGAAAAAGAGAGCUUGUAGAAAGGCUUGAGGCAUACACACGCAAUGCCCACUGCUCCAGGACAGACCUCACUACUGCUCAAGAUUAUGUGAUGGCCUUACCUGAUCCUCAAAAAUAUGAAGAUCUAAACAGUGACAAGAAUUUUCCUGGGUGUAAUAUGGAUAACAUCACCACAUACUUGGCACAGUUCAAUAAAAAUCUGGAAUCAAAAGCAAGGAAUUUGUACAAUGAUGGAUUUAUUAAGUACAUCCGUACCACUGCAGACAAUUCCCUAUGGUAUGUUAGGAGUGCCAUUAGAGCAGAGAUGUCAAAGUCUGUAGUGUAUACUAUAGACAUUGUGAUGGAAAAUGAUGGCAACUUUGCAGAGUGCCAGUGCGAGUGUGCAGCUGGAAUGGGACCACUUGCGCACUGUAAACAUAUAUGCACAGCCCUGUAUGCAUGUCUUUCCUUUAAGACAAAUGGAAUUGUGAAAACGGAACAAACAUGCACACAAAGGCUGCAGACAUUUCACAGAGUGAGGCCACAUAGAGGAACCCCUAUGAAAGCGAAUAACCUGGACAUGCCGGGAUGUGAUGAAGUUUGUAAUUUUGCUGAUGGAUUUGAUCCAAGGCCAAUAGAAUAUAGGAACAAUCCAGGAUAUAAAUCAUACUUCCAGAAUGUAUGCCUUUCUUAUCCAGGAGUAAGCAAGACUCCUAUAUUUCAAACUUUCCCUCCAGCAAAUAUGAGGGGAAUUGAUGUGGACCAUGACUAUUUUACUUUUCAAGGUAGCUGCGAGUAUUUGAACAGUAUAAAUGUUUCAAAGAUAACAGAAGAAGAGGCACGGAUUCUUAAUUUAAAUACAGCAAAACAGGCUGCAUGCAAUAUGUGGCACGAAGAUGCAAGCGUCUGCACUCUUCUGUGUUUGGCAGAAUCUGCAAAAUGA